AGUCUUACCUUUAAGAUGGCCUUAACUUGUCCUCGUUUUUUACUUCCAGGAGCUGCAGUGAACUUAACCUUGGUCACUCCAGAGAAGGCCAUCAAGCUGGCAGCCAAUGACUUCUUCCGGCAGCUGCUAAUGGAGGAUGGGAUGCAGCGGAAUCUGAAGAUGGAGAUGCUAGCUGGAUGUGGAGCUGGAAUAUGCCAGGUGGUGGUUACCUGUCCCAUGGAAAUGCUCAAGAUUCAGCUGCAGGAUGCUGGGCGCUUGGCAGUUCGUCAGGGCUCGGCCUCAGCACAUUCCUCCUCCAGGUCCUACACUAUGGGUUCAGCUUCCGCCCACAAGCGCCCGUCUGCCAGCCUUAUUGCCUGGGAGCUACUCCGCACCCAGGGCCUGGCCGGUCUCUAUAAGGGCCUGGGUGCCACUCUCCUCAGAGACAUCCCCUUCUCCAUCAUCUACUUCCCACUGUUUGCCAACCUUAACAACCUUGGGGUCACCGAGAGCACGGGGAAGGCUUCCUUCGCUCAUUCCUUCAUGUCAGGCUGCGCUGCGGGUUCCGUAGCAGCUGUCGCAGUAACACCUCUGGAUGUUUUGAAAACUCGAAUCCAAACCCUCAAAAAAGGCCUGGGUGAGGACAGCUACAGUGGGAUCACCGACUGUGCCAGGAAACUCUGGAUUCAGGAGGGACCAUCUGCCCUCAUGAAGGGAGCAGGCUGCCGGGCCCUUGUCAUAGCCCCUCUCUUUGGGAUUGCCCAAGGGGUCUACUUUGUUGGUAUUGGGGAGCGGAUCUUAAAGUGUUGCGAGUAGAGAUAGCUGGAGCCCAAGUCCCCUGCCAUCUCUCUAGCCCAUUCAACUUAGACUAGAGGGGAACGAGCAAGGUGGCCCAUCCAGGUUGUAUUUUGUUCUCUAACUUGUAGUGCUACCUCAAUCUCAGAAGAAACACUCUUACUCUAAUAAGCAAGUUAGGUAUGGUCCCAUUCUCCCUUCCUAUCUUCAUUCAUUCUCUUUGGGGCUGCAGCUACCGGGGAGCUUCAGAAGCCCCUAACCACCUCCUUUUCAACAACAGAAACAGUACAUGCUUGGGUUGGAUUAACUGCAGGCCCUUAACACAGUAAAGAUUGAAGGGUCAUUUCUACAUUUUCCUUUUCUACUUCACACUCAAACUCUGUAUACUUGAGUCAGUUUAAGGAUUUAGUUUUGUUAAUUCUGAAUUAAAUAACCUAUGGUUAGUUCUAGCACUGAUUUUGGGAAAAAGGAGGAUCGGAAGUUCAAGGGGACAAUGAAAGCCCUCUAAGUCCGCACUGAGUUGGAAACCAAGCAGAUCUUUUCAAAUGAGAUGGCUGUGGGAUUAGGCUAACCAAGCGGCCAGGGCAGGGGCCAAGUCAGGGCAGCUGUCUCCCCCCGCCCCAAGGUCCUCCCUGCGCGGCACAGCUCUCCCAGAACACUGUCCACGGAACAUGGUUUUAAAUAAAAUGGAUUCAGAUCUCGUCUUGUCGUUAGUGGGAGAAGCAGACGGGCCGCAGAGAAUGGUUUGCCCUCUACUGUCCCUGUUUCAGAACCGAGCCACGUCCGAAUGAGCCCUGCAGCAGUCCCGCCACGGGACAGAUGACCGCUGCGGAGGCUGGGGGACAGCCGCAGGGGUGCCUUCUCUUUCAGUUACACCGGAUUUUCAGCCUCGGUUCCAUCCCUGCAUAACUGCAUCGCCCUUGCCGGACACGUUUGCCUUGACAGUCCCCACGUGCCUCAAGUCCUUCCCCAGAGGCCUGCUGCGGAGAGAUGCCGGCAACACGGGGGCUCAGGUCCUCAGUAAACAGUGCCUGUGCCAGGGGUUGGCACUUACGUUAGUCCCUGCCUUGUCCCAAACGUCACAUUUAUGAAAAACGGUCAGGCUCAGUAGGCACGCUGACCAUGCGUUGAGUGCGGACCGUAGAGACAAACCCGAGUUAGACUCCCACCUUUGCCCUGCUGCAAGGCCUCGGGCGGGAGGCUAGAGGAGAGGAAGAAAAGGACUUUUGUGAAAGGGUUUAGGCCUGACGCACAGUAACCCUUCUCCCCCAGUAAGCUCUUAGAUGCCUUCCUGACUCUGCCGAGGCUAGUAAAACUGCUUCCUCGAUAAAGCGGCCAAACCCUCCAAAGGACAGGUAAUGCCACCCGUGUGUGUGGUCUGUGUGAAAGCUGGUAAGGGGCUGGCAGACGUGAGCAGGGAGUGCCAGAGGAUACACAGAAGGCUGAUGGUUUCAUGUAGUGACCGCUGUCAACCAGCGACUGUAGGGACUAGGGAAACGCUGCUUGGCUAGAUACCUCAGAAAGAACUUUCCCUCGAAAACCACAAACUUGUAGCGCGCCUUGCAUAAUAAAUCACAAUGAAAUCCA